UUUUCUGAUCAGGAAGAAGAUACAUUAUUGCCGGAAGGCGAGUAGAGUAGCAGGCAGCAAUUUGUUUUUGAUUAAUGCCGGUGAAAUACCUACGGAUAGUAGUGGUAACGCGUUGAGCCUUCAUUGAUCCGGAAGUAGAUUUACUAUUGCAGGAAGUUCAAAGUAGUAGCCAGUUAGCUACUUGUAUUUCUUAGAAGGCGGUGAAAUAUACAAACGGAGGUUUUGGGGUGAUAAUCAUUAUGGUGUAGUUUACUGUAAGAACCAUCAGCGGUACAUCGAGAUGGGCAAGAAACACAAAAAACACAAGUCGGAAUGGAGAACAGUGGAGAACUAUGACGACAAACCUUUGGACAAGCCACUGAAGUUGGUGCUGAAGGUUGGAGGCAGCGAGAUCACAGAACUUUCAGGUUCGGGCCAUGACUCCAGCUACUAUGAUGACCACUCCGAUCAUGAGCGGGAGCGUCACAAGGAGAAGAAGAAGAAAAAGAAGAAGAAAUCAGAGAAGGACAAAGACAAGCACAUAGACGAUGAGGAACGGAGGAGAAGGAAGGAGGAAAAGAAGAAAAAAAGAGAGAGGGAGCAAUGUGAAACAGAUGCCAGUGUGCCAAUUGAGCCUUUCACCUUGCCAAAAACUGUGGAGUUGGAAGAGAAGAAGCGAAAGCGAGAGAGAACAUGUGAUGUGGAAGCAGAAGGGGAGGAGUUCCAUCCUGGAGUGAAGGUGGAGGUGGAGCAGCAGGCAGACCGCCCAGUCAGAGCCUGUCGCACACAGCAGGAAAAUGAAAGCACCCCUCGGCAGCAACUCUUGGAGCAUUUCCUACGCCAGCUUCAAAGAAAGGAUCCUCAUGGAUUCUUUGCCUUCCCAGUAACAGAUGCCAUUGCACCUGGCUACUCCAUGAUCAUAAAGCAUCCCAUGGACUUCAGCACGAUGAAGGACAAGAUCGCAUCCAAUGAGUACCAAACAGUCACAGAAUUCAAGGCAGACUUCAAACUCAUGUGUGAUAAUGCCAUGAUCUACAAUCGGCCAGAAACGGUUUACUACAAAGCAGCCAAGAAACUGCUGCACACAGGUUUCAAGAUGAUGAGCAAAGAACGGCUUUUAGCUCUGAAGCGCAGCGUGUCUUUCAUGCAGGACAUGGACUUCUCUCAGCAGGCAGCCAUUCUGGGUGACGAGGACAUCUCGGCUGAAGAUCCUCCACCUGAAGUCAUCCCCAUUCCCAUAGAGACAGCCAAGAAGUCCAAAAAGCAGCCUGUCAAAGAUAUGAAAGAGGUGAUCAGUUAUCUGUAUGAGCCAGAAGGGAAUGCUUGCAGCCUGACAGACAGCACUGCUGAGGAGCAUGUGCUGGCUCUAGUUGAGCACGCAGCAGACGAAGCCCGUGACCGCAUCAACCGCUUCAUGCCUAACUCUAAGGUAGGCUACCUGAAGAAGGAAGCAGAUGGCUCUCUGGUCUACACUGUAGUGAAUCAGCAAGACAUAAAUGCAGAAGAAGAGGAAACUCACCAAGUGGAUCUGAGCUCCUUGUCAAAUAAACUCUUACCUGGUUUAACAACCUUGGGCUUCAAAGAUGACAGAAGACACAAAGUGACAUUCCUGAACAGCGCAUAUAAUACCCAGAGCCUCCAGAAUAAUACCGUAUUCUCUGACCUGCUUCCUGAGGAGAUGGACCUCCUCUAUUCGGCUUAUGGUGAUGAGACAGGGGUACAGUGUGCUCUCAGCUUGCAGGAGUUUGUUAAAGAUUGCGGGAGCUUCACCAAGAAGCUGGUGGAUGAGCUGUUGGACAAAAUGACAGGAAAUGAGCAUUCCAAAGCAGUUUUUCAAAUUAGACAGAAACGAAACAUUGCCAUGAAGCCUCUUGGUGAGACAAAGUCCAGCCUGUGUGAUAUACAGAUGAGUGAUGGCACUGUAAUGCCUGGAGAAAACAGCUCAGUUCUGGAUUUCAUGUCCAUGAAGAGCUAUUCUGACAUGUCUCUAGACAUGUCUAUGCUGCACAAUCUGGGUAAAACGGUGAAGAAGGAGCCGGAACAAGAGGAGGCCCACCUGCACUUCGAUGAGACAGCCAAGCUGCUUCAGGACCUCCAGGAGACACAGGUGGACCGAGUGGGGUCCCGGCCAUCCUCUAACCUCUCCUCUCUCUCCAAUGCAUCGGAGAGAGACCAGCACCACCUGGGGAGCCCAUCACACCUGGGCGUUGGAGACCAGCCAGAAAUGGUGCAUGACCCGUACGAGUUUCUUCAGUCUCCUGAACCGGGGUCGACCGCCAACAGCUGAUUCACAUACUGUGUAACAUGUCAUCAGUGUGUAAACUUUGGAAAUUUGUAGCAUAAACCUGUUUUUUUUUUGUCCUGUUUGUAAGGAGUUAAGAAACACUGGUUGUGUUGUGAAAUAAUGUCUGUAGCCAUGAUUGUACAGAAUGGAUAUGUGUAUGUGCUAAGUUUUAACAAUAAAUUUUCAUGGUGGGUUUUUUUUUACACACCAUUUAUGUUAUUUCUAGACUGUACACUCGUACAGAAGUGUGUGCACAGAGUGGGACUCAUUUGAUGUCAUCCCUGACUUUGACAAGUGCACGUUAUCAAUGCAACAUGCCAUCAGUUAAAGGGGGGACACAAUAUAUUUUUUUUUUUGCAUGAGAGUCCUCACAUUUCAUUUUAUCUACACUGAAUUCCACCUUACUAAUGAAAUAAGCCUUGUUUACUUCUGUUCACUGCCGUGUGUGUUUAUGUUCCACAAUUCCUAGUUCUCCAUG